CGAACACAUGGUGGGAGGGGAAAGAUGGCAGCAGGGUUCAAGUCAGUGGAGCCGCUGGAAUAUUACCGGAAGUUUCUGAAGGAAAAAUGUCGGCCGGAUGGAAGAGAGCUGAAUGAAUUCAGGACCACUACAAUAAAUGUUGGCUCUAUUACCACAGCAGACGGCUCGGCGUUGGUGAAGAUCGGGAACUGCACUGUAAUAUGCGGCAUUAAAGCGGAGUUUGCAACCCCUCCGAUCGAUGCUCCUAACAAGGGCUAUAUUGUUCCUAAUGUUGAACUUACGCCGCUGUGUUCCCCUCGGUUUCGUCCUGGGCCCCCAGGAGAAGAGGCGCAGGUUGCCAGUCAGUUCAUUGCAGAUGUCAUUGAAAAUUCACAGAUCAUACUGAAAGAAGACCUGUGCAUUCAAAGUGGCAAGCUGGCAUGGGUUCUCUACUGUGACCUCAUAUGUCUGGACUAUGGCGGCAAUCUCCUGGAUACCUGUACAUGUGCGUUGGUGGCGGCUUUAUUAAAUGCACAACUGCCAUCUGUUAAAAUAAACGAAGAAACAGGCUUGGCUCAGGUGAAGCUAUCAACAAGAAAUCCCCUGAAAAUUCAUAAACACCCUUUUUCGACAUCAUUUGCCAUAUUUGAUGAUAAACACAUUCUUGUGGAUCCAACGAAUGAGGAGGAGAGUUUGGCCACUGGGUUGAUGACUAUAGUGACAGAUGAAGAUGGAAGGUUAUGUACUAUCAGAAAGCCAGGUGGCAGCGCUCUGUCAGCAGAAAAGCUUCAGGGAUGUAUCAGUCGAGCAAUCACCAGACACAAGGAGGUGCAGAAUCUGCUGGAUGAAGUGCUGGUCAGCGUAACGACGGAAUAAAAAAAAAAAAAAAAAUUUUAAAAUGAACAUGUAAAAAGUUUGUAUUUGUUAUAGUGAUGCACACCUUUUUUUUUUGUACUAAAUAAAACAAAUUUGCUAUGUGUA